AGUCGCUUUUCUCAGGCGCCGCGGUUCUUUCUCCGCCUGCGUCUUCGGGGCAGGACGACACCGCCGCCGUGUCCCGUCAACGCUGAGGGCGGGUGCGUCCCGCGGUCCUGCGGAGAUUGGGCGGUAGCGUGUCGGGGCAGGAGCGGAACGCUACCCGUGGAGCGAUGUCCGGCGUGGGGGUGGAUUCCUGCGGGGGGUCGGGCUCCGGGGCCUGCGGCGGGGCGGCGGCGGCCUCCUCCUCCUCCUGCUCUCCCGGUGGCAGCGGCGGCAGUGGCGGGCUGUCGAUGUUCCGGUGGCUGGAGGUGCUAGAGAAGGAAUUCGACAAGGCGUUCGUGGAUGUGGACUUGCUGCUGGGCGAGAUCGACCCAGACCAGGCGGACAUCACUUAUGAGGGGAGGCAGAAGAUGACCAGCCUGAGCUCCUGCUUCGCGCAGCUCUGCCACAAGGCGCAAACGGUGUCCCAAAUAAACCACAAGCUUGAGGCACAGCUAGUGGAUCUGAAAUCGGAAUUGACAGAAACUCGGGCUGAAAAAGCAGUAUUAGAAAAAGAAGUGCAUGACCAACUACUGCAACUCCAUGCCAUUCAGCUUCAGCUUCAUGCAAAAACUGGGCAGAAUGUUGACUCGGGGGCAAUAAAGGCAAAAUUGGAGAGAGAACUUGAAGCCAACAAGAAGGAAAAGGUAAAAGAAGCCCAACUUGAAGCUGAAGUGAAGUUGCUCCGGAAGGAAAACGAGGCUCUUCGUCGACACAUAGCUGUGCUUCAGGCUGAAGUAUAUGGAGCUAGACUUGCAGCCAAAUACUUAGAUAAAGAACUAGCUGGAAGGGUUCAACAAAUUCAGUUGUUAGGUAGAGAUAUGAAAGGACCUGCCCAUGACAAACUUUGGAACCAGCUAGAAGCUGAAAUCCAUCUGCACCGGCACAAAACUGUGAUCAGGGCAUGUCGGGGUCGAAAUGAUCUAAAACGACCCAUGCAAGCACCCCCAGGGCAUAAUCCAGAUUCCUUGAAGAAGAGUCAAGGAGUUGGUCCAAUCAGAAAAGUUCUCUUGGUUAAAGAAGACCACGAAGGACUAGGCAUUUCAAUUACCGGAGGAAAGGAGCAUGGUGUUCCCAUCUUAGUCUCUGAAAUUCAUCCGGGUCAGCCUGCUGAUAGAUGUGGAGGUCUGCAUGUUGGAGAUGCCAUUCUGGCAGUUAAUGGAGUUAAUCUAAGAGAUGCCAAACACAAAGAAGCUGUAACUAUUCUUUCACAACAGAGAGGGGAAAUUGAAUUUGAAGUUGUGUAUGUUGCUCCUGAAGUAGACUCAGAUGAUGAAAAUGUAGAAUAUGAGGAUGAGAGUGGACAUCGCUAUCGUUUGUAUCUUGAUGAAUUGGAAGAAGGUAGCAAUUGUGCUUCCGGUAGAAAAGAUGGAAGUGGAGAUGUCAAACCAUUGCAAGUAUUUGAUAAGAAAGCAAGUAUUGAUGGCCAUGAAAAUGGAGACCUGGGGAAUACAAUUGAAACUGAAGAGACUGUAUCUAAACUAGCCCAGUCUUCUGAGAGCUUAGCCUAACCCCCCUGAAUGGGACUAGUCUCUCCCUUAAGAUGGGUUUCAUGGGCUGUUCUAUAUGAUAAAUGCCACAGAAAGUUACAGUGAAGGACUGUUCAUAAGGUAAAGAGACACUGUGUUACCAUUGUCUGUAAAAAAAAUCUGUUCUGGUUGCUUACCUCAGGGCUUCAUUAUGAGCAAGUCUAAAUGUGCAGAAUGUUCCACUUUUCUGAAAAGUUGCCCAUGAAUUAUAGCACUGAAGUAUUAUUUCCCCCCAAGACUUCUCUUGAGCUCAUUUUGUAUUGUUCCUACAAACACACAAAUAGAAAAAUACAGAAGAAGUGGGAUGCUUGGUUCUUCUCACAUAUACCAGAAACAACCAGCCAAACAAAAUGGCAUCCAUUUGCUAAUGAAAUAGUCUUCAGCUAACUUAACUUAAUAGUCUUUAGCUAACUAAAGCAUGACUUUUCAGUGGGGUUUUCUCAGCUUAGUCAGCUAAUGGUUUUAAAAUGCACCUUGUAGGAAGGUGAGCAGCAAAAAACCAAACUUCAUAAUAUACAAAAAUAGAUUUUGCUUUAAAUAUGCACAUGUAAGAUUUUAAAUAACGAUUAAGUAUUUAUUUUGAAGCCAUCUUAUACAUUUCUCCUUUCAAAUAUUCUUGCCAGUCACUGCUGGAUUUGAAUGUUUUCCUAAAGCAUCAAGCAGAAUACUAAUGCUAUUUUUUAAAAACACAGAAUGUGAAAUGGAUUUGACUUCAGUCUGUCCUUAAGAGUUGUAGGUGUGUCUAUUUUGUCCAAGCUGGGUAAGGUUGGAUUCAUGUAGUUGUCCAUCCUACUGCUCAAUAACUUUGUGGUCACUGCACAGUGUCAUAUAAGAACUAGCUUAUCUGAAGGAAUCCAGUGUUCAAUAGAUUCAUAAUUCUGUAUUUCUAAACUUGUAAAAUGUAGCUCAUUUAAAUUAGCUCUGGGCUGUUCCAAGGGCCCAAUUUCACCUUUGUCCUGUUCAUAUUGUAGAUAACUACAAAUUGAUCAUUCAGUUUCUAUUCACAAUAGGUCUGAUUGUAUUCUUAGUGAUUAUUGGGGAGGGGGGAUUUUUUUUAAUGGCAUGAAGAAAGGCUGUUUAAACUUGUUACUAAAAUUCUCUGCAAGAGCAGUAGGUUCGCGUGAUUCUUUUUAGUGUGGUAAGAGAGGCAAAUUAUUGGGCACAUAGUAAACAGCACUGCCUCAUUAUAAGUUAUAGUUAACGGCUAGUCAUCAGUUUAUGUGGGGUAAUUGACCAUGUAAUCAUUACCCAAGCCUCUAGUCAUAUGAAAAAUAAGUCGCUAGUAGGCCCCAAUCAUACAUGACUUUCUGGAGGCAAGAUUAUAGCAGCAAACUUGCUGUCAUAUAUUACAAGCUAACUGUCCAUGUGAGUAGAGCUGUUGUAGGAGAAGUUCUCUACUUUGAUAAUGGGGGGUUAAUAAUUACUAAUCAGAUUUCUAAUCAGUGGUCACCAUGCCAUCAGUGACUCAUGUCAUGCUAUGUUAAGAGGUUUUCAUGAACCAUCUAUGAAAAAGGGAGAGUCAAGUAUAUUCUGUAUCUUGUCAGGUUCAUGCAGGACUAGCAAAAAAAUUGUUAGAGCCCUAAUACUUCACAGAACUAUAUUUUUGGUAUUACUUUUUUAAAAACCCAAAUGUCCCAAAACCUGAAAGCUCGAGGCACUUUUAGAAUAUGUUGAUCUUAAUGGGAUUGUCUUGGCUAAAUUCUUGUACUGCUGUGUAUGUGUGCGUGUGUGUUUGUUUAGGUACAUGUGUGUAUACAUACCUACACACCCACAUACCCACAUAUAAACAUAUACAUAUGUGUCUUAUUAGAAUGUACACUCUCUGUAUGCAAAUGGUUAAAAACCAUGUAAUUUUUUAAAUUAUAGGAUAAAGCAUGAAACGCCUGCUUUCCAUUCACUUCCCUGCAGGCCAUUGAAAUGUAAUAUUUAAAGAUGUAUUUUGAGAGUGAAAAUAAUGUAACAUGAAACUUUGUAAGUGUUUUUUCUAUUGAUUGUACAUAAAUGGAGAAAAUAUAAAAAGGCCUUUAAUGUAAUGUCAGUUAACCUUAUGUUUAGUGUUGAAAAUGUUGUGUUAUAGAACACAGUUAAAUAUGUCUCUUCUAGGUGCACUACUUACAUAUUUAUAGAGAACUUUAAAAUGUAAAUACUGUAUGCAAAUAUUUUGCCAUUUAUAAUGUUGCUCAUAAAAUAACUUUUGUGCAUCAUUCCAGUCACUUGCUCAUGGAAUUGUAUUUAAUUUGCAGUAAAUUUUAAUUGCUGCCCCAA